AUAUCUUUUAAUCGUAUUUCCCAUUUUCCUCUUCUACUCCUUCCACGGAUCGGAAAAGGAAUCGAGUCCAAAAAUGGCGAACCGCUUCGCUUCUCUUCUCCUCGCUCUCUUCGUCCUCUCCCCGGCGAUCGCCCUCGCCACCUCUGUCGAGAAAUGCAAUAGAGGAGCUAAUUAUCCGGUUAAGGUUAGCGGCGUAGAGAUCUCUCCUGAUCCAGUUGCUCGGGGUGAGCCAGCAACGUUCACCAUCUCUGCAUCGACUGAAAAUGCCAUCUCUGAAGGGAAACUUGUGAUUGACGUCAAGUACUUCUUCCUUCAUGUCCACCAGGAAACUAAGGAUCUUUGUGAGGAAACAUCUUGCCCCAUCUCAAGUGGUGAUUUUUCGUUAGCACACCAGCAGACACUGCCAUCUAUUACUCCUCCGGGUUCAUACACGAUUACCAUGAAGAUGGUGGGAGGUGGUGGGGAGGAACUGACCUGCAUUACCUUCGGCUUUAGCAUUGGGUUUAUCGCGCCUGUUGCUGAUGCUUAAGACACGUGUCGGGAUACUUUCACAGAGUAUGUUGUAUGGUGAUUACACUUUCAGCCCUUGGUCCCGUCUCUACUUUCACAGAGUAUGUUGUAUGGUGAUUAUUACACUUUCUGCUCUUGUUCUUGUCUCAAACAGUUACGCUUUUGAACUUCCUAUAGUUUCCUGCAUGUCCAAUGUGCAUUGUACCAACUAUAUUGAAUUACAAAACUAAAGUGCUUUAGCUGUAAUUAGCUGUAA